AUUCGCGCUUGCUGAUACGUCCGUGAUCUGGCCCCACGUUUUACCCCGUCACCGUAUCAUUUCUCCGCAUUUCACAUUUCCCACCCACUAUAAAUUCCAAUCUCCCACCCAACACAAAGUACACAACCAUCAGCCACAAUACUCUCGAUUAUUCUUCGUCUUCUCUGUAAAUUCCAGGAGAUCGGAUUAAAUAAAUUAAGGUGUGAUUUUGCGAGAUUAAUGGAAGAUUUGAAGCAUAGGAAGCGUGGAAGGGAUGAAUCGGAGGUUUCCGAGGCUGAUACUGAUUCGCAGGAGGUGAAGAAGCUGAGGGAGAAGCUUCUGGAUUGUUUGGACGACGAUGCCGAUUUCGGCGCGGCUAAUCAGGAUCUCGACUCGUUUAUGAAGAGCUUCGAGGAGGAAAUUACAGCUUCUCCUUCCACGGUCGUCGGAGAUGCUUCGUCGGCGGCGGAUCUGGCGCCGGAUUCCGGCGAAUCUCGGCCGGAUCUAGGGUAUUUGCUGGAGGCUUCGGAUGAUGAGCUAGGGCUUCCCCCAACGACGUCGUAUAAGGAAGAGAUUGGGACUGAGUUGGUCCGAGUUGAGUCGGAGUCUUCCGAGUUCGCUUCCGAGUUUUGGGAGAUGCCGAGUUAUGACUCGUUCGAGUUUGGAUUCGUUGAGACGGACAAUUUUGACGGCGGUAACGGCGAAUACGUGGCGCUCGAUGGGCUGUUUGAUCAUUCGGAUCUGGGCUUUGGGCUGGGCGAAUUUUCACGUAGGCCCGAAACGUUGCCGGCCCAAUAGAAAAAGCGGAAUAUACUGUUGAUAUCUUUAUUAUUUUUUUUCCAACUUUCUUUUAGAUAUUGGAAUUGAAAAUAUUGUAGGUCCGGAAAAUCCACGUGGCAGUAGCCAAUAGGCUAGUUAGAAUUAAUCUGAUUAUUAUUGAUGGUUCGUUAACCAGUAAAAACGCAAUAUGCAGAGGCAUUUUAGUACUAAUAAUAUUUUAUCUCGCUUCGAUGUA